GCUGCACCAGCACGAGGUCUUCGGGAAGGGCAAGGAGGACUUCGUCGCAGGCUUCUAUUUCCUUCUGGACGGAAAUCCUUGGAGUGGCUUCAGCGGAUUCGUCACCUUCGUCAUCGUUUUCCGAUUAUCCGCUGCUUACUCGACCUACUGGGCCGCCUACACCACGACCAAUGGCUUCCUUGGAGAUUGGUCCGGCGCUGCGGCCUCUGCUGUGGCCUUCUGCCGCGGCACUGGGGCCAGCGAUGCCGAAGUCGAGGCCUUCCUGCAGAAAGUGAUCCGCCUCUUCAGCAUGCUCAGUGCCUGCGCCUUGCAGGAGCUGUCUCCAAGGAAGUCGCAUCAAGUAUGGGGUUUGCUCACACUGAAUUCCGGUGGCAUUGACAAGACCUCUUUGGCCACAUUGGAUGGCAGUGGCCAACGUGUGGACCUUUGCUACCACUGGAUCCAGCAGCUCAUUGUGGACAGUCAGCGUUCUGGUCUCCUUUCUGCUCCGCCGCCGAUGGUCUCCGGGAUGCUUGGGGAGCUAUCGUCGG